UUUGCACGCAUGCGCGCCUCCUGAGUGGUUUCUUUUCUUCUUCCACGCAAACGGCGCCUGCGCGGUUUUGGGGGAGCAUUUGGCGCGGCCGAGCUGGAUUUCCUCCCUGAAUCCCAAUGGCUUUAUUGAAAAGGUCCCUAGGAUUAUUCGUACCAGAAUUAUGUACAGCAACAAAUCAAAGAAAUUUCAGCCUCAGCAGACUCUGCGGUGCCAUACAGAAGAUGACCCGCGUCCGAGUGGUGGAUAACAGUGCUUUGGGAAACACACCCUACCAUCGCCCUCCAAAAUGCAUCCAUGUCUACAACAAAAAUGGAGUGGGCAAAGUAGGUGACAAAAUCCUGCUAGCUAUCAAAGGGGAAAAGAAAAAAGCCUUAAUUGUUGGUCACAAGAUGCCCGGUCCUCGUAUGACCCCCAGGUUUGAUUCAAACAAUGUGGUGCUUAUUGAAGACAACGGGAAUCCAGUUGGGACAAGGAUUAAAACACCAUUACCCUCUUAUCUUCGGAAACGGCAAGACUUCUCGAAAAUAUUGGCCAUUGCCCAGAAUUUUGUGUGAUAAACAAGGCAAUGCAAUGUAUCAUCUUAAUAAAUGGCAUUUUUCUCACUUUGAUUUCUCCAAAUUCUGAGGAAUUAAAAUGAAAUAAAUCUGGGAUGUCUUUCUAGAGGUUUGUGAACUAAAAGACUGUUACUAAAAGUUCUGUUCAAGGAUAUAUUGUUCCCUUUUUUGCAAGAGUUGUUCUAACAUGGUAUAAUUAAAGUUCAGGUUGUCAGUCCACUAUUUUUAUUGGCAUGAUGGGUUUCUCAGCCUUUAUUCUGUUGCAAUAUUUCAUAUUGUUUAUACAAACUUUGUCCAGGCUGUUGCCAGCAAAAGCAACUUCCAAAAACAAAAAUUGAUGUUUUGGGUUCAAUAAAGAGAAACAGUAAUGUUAGAAACAGUUAGAAACAGUUGUGUUCCCUUUGUGUUUGUAUCAAUAAAAUAAAAAUGCCCUCUAAUUUUUCCAG